CCCUAACGCCGCCAUUUUCGAUCCUUAAUAAUAAACAUCGAGUCUCCAUGCGAAACCGUCAACCGCAUUCUUCCUCACCAAUCAGCUACAGGUAGCUUCUAGUCUUCUGUAUUAUGUCUCAGAUCGAUCCCGACAUCCAAGUACUCACACCGCAGUAUGCUGGCUCCUGGGUCGACGGCGCUAUCAUCCAGUCGCUAACCCAUGGAAUUUACACAGCAUUUCUUGCUGUUGUACUGUGGCAAAUUCUGUCGAGCACAAACACCCAUAGGCGGCAAGUGAAGGUCCUCGCUGGUAUCUCGGUGUUCAUGUACAUCAUUGCGACGAUCCACGUUGCCCUGAUAUGGUUCUAUAUCAGGAAGCAAUUCAUACCGAAGGUGGAGACAGAAGAAACAAGAUACUUGGCCCUCAGGGACUGGAUGACCACUGCUAACCUUACGUGGGCCUUGACGAUGAGUGAUAUCGUGGCAGGCAUCAAUAUAUUUACUACGGAUAGUGUUACCAUUUGGAGGUGCUGAAUUAUCUGGAGAAGGAACUGGAGAGUCGUCAUCAUGCCUUGCAUAUGCACGUUAUGCGGAAUGAUCUUUGGCAUUUUGUACCUCCUUCAGGUUCUGGCACCAUGGUUUGAUUCACAAGGAAAUCUUUCGGGGAGAACCUCCAUCCGCUGGGGAUUAGCGU